ACGCUGACCCCCAGCCCCUCCUUCGCGCCGAUCUAUGUGCCCCUUGACAACACGUCCAUGGCCCGCCUUCCUGGGCUGCUGCCCACCCUGGCAAGGCGCCAUGGCGAGGUCUUCGCCGGUGCAGGCGCGGGCGCCGUGGCACCCUCCUCGUUUGUCCAGGCCGCGUUUGGCGGCGGGGGCAUGCAGUCGUCUGCCACGCUGAACGCCGUCGGCUGGGGCCUGUUCCAGCUCGGGGGUGUGACCUCCCGCAACGCCCCCUUCGCCAACUACAUCACCACGGACGGGGUGGCCUGCAGCGUGGCGCGAGAAGCGCACAACAAGCCGCUGGCCACGGCGACCGCGCCCGCCGAUGCGGAGGAGCUGUGCACCCUGGAGGAGAUGAAGGCCACGCAGAUCAUCGGUGUGGACCCGUGCGGGGGAGGGAAUUGGUUCAUGGCAGCACGGUCUCCGCCGUACCAGCCAGGGCCCUGGGCUUGGGAGGGUGUCAGGGAGGGUGUCAGGGAGGGUGUCAGCCCUGCCCAGCGCUCCCUGCUCGAGCUGCACGACAAGCAGCUGGAUGAGGAGUUGUUCCCUGGGCAGCUGCCGCCGGAGCCGCGUCGCAGGCGCAAGGGUGGCGGGCGCAAGGGGGGCGGGCGCAAGGGGGGCCACCGCCGGAAGCAAUCGAAGCACUGGCAGCCGCGAGCCAGGACAGCGCGGCGGCGGCGCCAGAAGCGGGGCCGAUUCCAUAUGAGCAUGGGCCACUGGCGGCACAUGUCAGGCCUGGAACGACUCCAGCCAAACCGCCCACAGCUUGCGCCAGCCCUGCAGGCGUACGUCGGCGGUAUCCCCACGGCGGCGACCGCGUCGGCGGCCCGGUUUGAAGAGCGCCUGCGCUACCUCUUCGUCAGUGGGGCGGCAGGGCAGGCGGCGGGGCAGGAGGCGGGGCAGGCGGCGGGGCAGGAGGCGGGGCAGGCGGCGGGGCAGGCGGAGGCGGCGGGGCCGGCAGAGGCGGGGCCCCGGGGCGCGGUGCACGUGCUGUGGCACUACCACUUCUCCGCCUUCCGCCGAAAGCGCUGGGCUGCGUUCAUCCAGCGCGACCGCGCGCUCCACCGCGUCGCCAAGCAGCUCACGGGCGGCAGGCCCAAGGAGGAGGUGGUGGUGGGGUGGGGUUCGUGGGCCUUCCAGGGAGGGAAGGGCGGCUCCCCCAUCUCCGUCAGGGGCGGGCGCGCGCCGACGGGGCGGCUCAUCAAGCUGCUCCGUGAGCGCUACGCCAAGCAUGUGUUCAUCAUCGAUGAAUACAAGACCUCCAAGACCUGCUACAACUGCGGGUGUCAGGAGAUGGCCAUCAAGCGGCUUGGGGGGCUGAAGGAGGGGCAGCGGCCCUGGUCGGUCAAAGUCUGCAACGACUGCUUGACGACCUGGAACCGCGACGUCUCCGCCGCCAACGUGAUCCGUGUGCUCCUCCUGCUGAAGCUGAUGGGCUUCGAGCGGCCGACCAAGCUGCAGCGGCCGCCAUGGCCGCCGCCGGCGGCGGGGCCAGGCUGAGAGCCUGAACGGCGCUAGCAGGGCGUGGGGCUGAGGGUGCACGUGUUGAUUGGCGGCGAGUGACGUGACUAGUUUGUUAGCUGCGGGUUAGCACGGACUGUGCACCCCACCCAACCGGCCAUGUCCGGAUUUGCGGGGAUGCCAAAGGCCCCCAACAUAGAGGCGUGUGCUUAGUAGGCACCCGCGUCAAGGUGGCUGGGUUGAUAACGACCCGGGAUCAGCCCUUGUCCUGCCAUAAGGCAGCCACCUCCUUGUUAUUGUUCUUUUGGGGAUGGGAGCUGUCCGGCCAUGCGUCUCUUGUGAUGACGCGAAGGGCUCUGAGGAGGCACAGGCCGGUUGGGGACAGGGCGCUGGGGAUGGGCGAUGGAGCGGGCGGUGGCGUGGCCGUCUGAAGGACCUAGACCGCAGCGGCCCGGCAGCCUGCGGUGGCAUGGGCUGUCGUGCGAUGGGACAGGCCAUUGGCGUAGCCCCGUAUGGGACUGCCGUAUCCAGGCCGGCAACGGGCAACCGCGAUAUCCUUGGCAACAUCUGCGGUUUAUCACGUGCAAACCUAUGAUUGCAAGUAAAAAUGACCAGACAUGUCUGUCUGCGCUUCCGCGGCUCGCACCGUACAUCACAAGCAAGCGGGUGGCGCUAGGGUACCCGCUGCCCAGGUGUCCGCGUUGGUCGGCAUGUCCUUCUUGCCGUUGCCAAUCUUAGUAAACACGAACACGAUCACGCUGUCGUGAUGUAAAAUGGCACGGAU